AUGGAGGGCACUACCCGAAGCCAGACAUCUCCGACCUCUUCUCCAGCAGACUACGAGCCAUCCCAAAGCCUUCAUCACUCUAACACACCUCUUGCAGCGGCCAAUGUGACUGACCCAAUGCAAUCAUUGUUUCGUUGUGAUGACUAUUCUUUGUCGCUACACCCAUCACGGAAACAAUAUGGCACCGUAUACGGCCCCAUGGGACACGUGGACGUGGAUGAGGUUGGGCUGCAGGCCUUGACAGUUGCGGAAUUUAGCAAGGAGGUGCUUUAUUUCCUCCAACUAAGCCAGAGCAAGGAUAUACAUUCAGAUAAUAGAAAAAUGCAACACCCACACGGUGCCCACGAGCAGGUCAAUUCAACUACGACAGGAUCAUCUCCAAUCGCACUUUGUUACCUCAACAGGCCCAGAGGUCGCAACGCGGUAGCCAAAGCUCGUUCAAAGGCCGUAUUCCAUAAUGACUCUCAUGGCAAUGCAAAAAACCGCAUGAAAAGGCAGCUACAAGUACUACAGCAGCAUCUCCGAGAGCAAAUGGAUCUCCCAAACUAUGGAACGCAGGACUCGUUAUUGGAAGGUCUCUCGGAGAAGCACCCGAGGUAUAGUGGGAUUAUUCGUGCCCUUCCUCUGGUGGCAAAGUGUAUUCCGGAUAGUUUGAAAAAAGACCUCGUGGAGAAGACUAACUCAGAGACCAUUAAACUAGGCAUUAUGCUAAUGAAAAGGUGGAGCAUUUGGGCGGCUUCCUGA